UGAGCGUGGGAUUGGUGGUCAUGGCGACGAUGCUCAGCUGGCCGCCAGGAGGCAUCAUGGGAGCAUCAGCUGACCCACACAACACUCCCAGCUGACACACACAACAACAUGCCUUCCGUCCUCUUGACUGACUCCAUAUCAGUGGAGCUGGGAGCACAAGAACCCUGGCCAACAGAUGUGAAACUGUUCCAGCAGUAUGAAGUUGAACAAAUUCUAUUACCAGACAAUGCUAACUGCUUAGCAGUACAGGCAUUUCUUAAGAUGUGCCAUCUUAACUUUUCCCUGGAGAUGAGAGGCAAUGCUGAGCAUAUGUCACCCAGUGGCAAGGUGCCAUUCAUCAAAGCUGGAGCAUUUGUGGUGGCUGAACUGGAUCCCAUUGUUGCUUUCGUCGCAAACAAGGGUGUCACUCUGACAGAUGUGCUGGACACUACACAAAAAGCAGACAUGCGUGCUUAUAUGUCACUUGUUAGCAAUGUUUUGGCAAAUGCCGAGCUUUAUAUCUCGUGGAUUGAUCAAGUAACUUACGAAGAGGUAACAAAGUCACGAUAUGGCUCUGUGUACCCUUGGCCAAUUAAUCAUAUUUUAACACACCAGAAGCGCAGUCAAGUCUUGCGACGCUUACAUGUUCUUGGAUGGAAACAAAAAUCAUUGGAAGAGGUAUAUAAUGAAGUAGAACACUGCUGCAGCGCUCUUUCUGAACGUUUGGACAAACAAGACUACUUCUUUGGUAACAGACCAACUGAAUUAGAUGCUUUAGUGUUUGGACACGUGUUUACACUUCUCACAACCCCUCUACCAGACAACCGUCUGGCAACCAUUGUCCGAUCAUUUGGCAACUUGGUGAAACUGUGCCAGGUAGUUGAGAAGGAGUCAUUUGAGAGAAAUAAUGGAGGCAGCAGUAGUGGCAAUGGUGAAGGAGACUAUGACAAGCUGGAAGACCUGAACCAACUUCCUGGGUGAUCACACAAACAUUACAAUCUCUCUUCAGCAGGUUCCUGUUAAACAUUACCAUCUAUCUUUCUUCAGCAGGUCUAACAUUACCAUCUAUAUUUCUUCAGCAGGUCUAACAUUACCAUCUAAAUUUCUUCAGCAGGUCUAACAUUACCAUCAAUAUUUCUUCAGCAGGUCAAACAUUAGUAUUUUUCUCUUUGAUUAGUCAAACAUUUCUGCCUCUGCAGGAAGUCGGCAUUAUCUGAUGUGUAAAUUACUGAUAAGUUAUUGAAGGAUCACUAUAUCACUCUACAUCAAACCCCGUCUCUCUCUCUCUCUCUCUCUCUUGUAAGAUUAUAUUCAUACCUACUACAGACAAAAUAAUUAAAUAAUCAUUGAGUGAUUAGGAUAUUUAAUAAUGCACUUCUGUAUAGCAUAACAUAAAAUACAGUAUAGUAUUGUAUAUACAGUACAAUGUGUAGCCAUGAAUGUCAUGAAUGAUUACAAAAGAUUUUUUGACAAGAAUUAAAAAAAUUGAGAUACGUAUAAUGAAACUUGUGAUGUUUGUUGCCCUAUAGAGAAAGAGGUUAUGAAAUGCAUCUGAAUUUCUUACAUACUGUGAUGUAUAAUGGUUAUUUUUUUAAUUGAAAAUCAAAAGCAUUUAUUAUAUAGUCAUUCAUUUUGCAUAAAAACAAAUAUUAAAUGUGAUCUUUCUGUUUUGUCUUUUACAUGUAGGAUAAGUGACUGGUGCAUUUAUAGGAUGUAUAUACUGUAAUCAUAGAUGUUUUCUCCUAAUAUCAUGUAUUCAUGUUUUAUUGACCUGAAGUUAGUUACUUGGUCCUGGGUUCAGUUCCAGGGCAGGGUGAAAUAUUUUUAAUAGGAUUCCUUGCACCUGAUGCCUGUGUUCACCUAGCAUUAAAUAGGUACCUGGAAGUUAUUGGAAAUCUAAAACCAUAUUAAAAACUUUGGGUCCUGGUAGUACAGUCAGGUUUGUUCUCGACUCACAAUUGAGAAUUUUGGGUUCGAAUCCCGCAUGGGGCAGAUAUGGUUGGGCGAAUUUCCCAUCACCUAAUGUGCCUGUUCACCUAGCCAUAAAUAGGUACCCAGGAGUUGAUCAGCUUCUUGUGGGGGUUGCAUCCUGGGAAGCGUCAGUAAUUCGACCUUGGGGAAGACCUUGAUGUAAGCAUAAUGUGUACAUAUAUAAAUAAACUCUGACUGCCUGUCCCCCGAAACAAUAAAUUAUUAUUAUUAUUACCAGUACAGGUACCUAAUUAUAUCCAGCUUUUCACAGUAUCCAAUGAGCACAUCAUUCUUGUUGUAAAUACAGUACUUUGGACAGGUACUAUAUUUUUUUACAAUAAAUUUCAGAUUAUACAUAACCAGUAUUGUA